UCAAACAUCUGCGUAUCAAUUUGAAAUUGUUUCAAAUUGUGGUUGCAUGUAUAGUAAAGCGUAUAUACGCAUUUUAACGAAAAAAUUAAUAGACAAAAAUAAUCUCGUAAUAUUAUUCAAACAAUUCUAUUGAUUUAAAAGGUGCCGAAAAUACGAAUAUGAUGGAAGGGCCAGAAGUAUUGCACGUGGAAAUAUGUCAAAGAGCCGACAGCACGUUGUCUAAGUCAGAGUUAAAGGAUUUAGCAUAUGCAGAAAUAAAUGCAUUAGAGGAUGUUGCUUUAGAAACUAUCACGUAUGAAAAAAAUAUCUCCAAUCAUACUUUAAAGAGUCAUGUUGAAUCGAUAAUAUGUUCUUCAAGUUAUGGAGAGAGAACUCAUAUGAAAGUACAAGGAGCCCUUCUAAAGUUUCAUGUGUAUAGAUUAACACAAGAAGAUGCAGCAACAGAAAUUAUGCAGAACGAUAGCGAAGACUUGCCAGUAUCUUCUCAUUGGAUCUUGCCUGCAAAAGAAUUUCAUUUUUUAUGGGAAAAUCUUUACUUUGAUUCUAACAUAAAAGAAGAUUUAUUGCAUUUUGUGGAAACAACAAUGAUAUUUUCAGACUGUAGUGUUAAUUCUAAUAUCAUAAGUUGGAAUAAAGUAGUAUUAUUACAUGGACCUCCAGGUACUGGUAAAACUAGCUUGUGCAAAGCUCUUGCACAAAAAAUAGCUAUUCGUUUAGGUGAUCGAUUCACUCAUGGUGAAUUUGUUGAAAUAAACAGUCAUAGUCUAUUUUCAAAGUGGUUUUCAGAGAGUGGAAAAUUAGUCAUGAAAUUAUUUAACGAAAUAAAGCGCCUUCUUGAAAAUUCACAAGCACUAGUUUGUAUCCUAAUAGAUGAAAUAGAAUCUUUAGCACAUGCUCGUAAAUCGUGUAGCAAUGGUGUAGAACCCACAGACUCCAUAAGAGUUGUGAAUGCUUUGCUAACACAGCUGGAUCAAAUAAAACGGUAUCCGAAUGUUUUAAUUCUAACAACGAGUAAUUUAUCAGAGGCUAUUGAUUUAGCAUUUGUCGAUAGAGCAGACAUAAGACAAUAUAUUGGCCAUCCUACUCAACAAGCCAUAUAUAAAAUUUAUGCUUCAUGCCUUAAAGAGUUGAUGAGGGUAUCGCUCAUAGAAACAGAACAAAUUUUUGAUUUUUCAUAUUUAAAAAAAAUGGGUUAUGAAGAGAACAGUCACACAAAAAAUAGCCUUAAACUCAUGGAACUUAGUCAUGAGAGUAAAGGUCUCAGUGGUCGAAUUUUAAGGAAAAUUCCAUUUUUAGCUUAUUCGUUUUAUAUGCGAACUAAACGAUGUACUUUAAGUCGAUUUUUAAGAUCCAUGCAUCUCGCUGUUAUGAAACAUAAAGAAGAAGAAGUAGAAGAUGCCACUAAUCCAUUACGAAAUUUGGACUUCUGAAGUGUUUUUUCUAUAUAUGUAAUGUACACAGUUUUCUAUUUUUUUGAGUUUUUUAACAUUGUAUUGUAUCAGUAUUAUAUCAUAAACGCGACUUAUUCAACAUAAAGCAUAACACGUCUAUACGCCUAUGUAUUUAAUAUAGUAUUUUAUAUAUUUAAACACUGUAUUUUCAUUUUAAUAUUUUAUGUUUAUAUUAUUCUAUUUAUGUAUGCCAUUUGUACUGAAUAAUAGAAAGUAAGCCAUUUAUUUUUACUGUCCCAAAUAAUUCUUGAAUCCUCUAUUCUAUAUAUUUUUAUACAACAGCUGCAUGGUAUUGUGAAGGACAUAUGAUGGGUAAACGCUUUUUUGAUAUCUUGCUUUUUUAUCAAAGUAUACCGAACAUUAUUGAUUUUUGUAAUGAAAUAAUUGUUUCACUAUUUGAAAGAGAAUUAUUAUUUAUAUAAAUAGAGUAAACUAUUUGCAUAAAAACUUUCUCAUAAUGUCUUACUAUAUAUACUUUAUAUACUAGAUUUGGACCUUUCGUCCUACGACAUGAUUGGGGACCAGAGGAACGUAAAAGCAUGCGACUCACCAACCGUUG